CACCACCAUGCCGCGGCUCAUCCUGCUCGCACUCGCCCUCCUCCUCCCACUGCAGGUCGCAGCGCAGUUUGGCAACUUCUUCCAGCAGGCCUUCCACGGCGGGUUUGGCGGCCAGCAGCGGCAGGAGCAGCAGCAGCAACAGCAAGGCCCGCGGAGGGAGCACAAAGGGUGGAACGAGCUGCAUGCUGUGUCGUGCCGCGCAGGCUACGUCUGCCCCGGGAGCCUGACGUGCGUCCCCACGCCGGCCGACUGCCCAUGCCCUUACCCCGAGGACACCAAGUGCGUGCUCCCCGACGACCGGAAACGCGACGAGGGCGAGGGCCCGCCGUUCAUCUGCGUGCGCGGCGACGGGUCAUGCGACGAGGCGGUGCGCUUCUCGCGGGGCAUCUAGAUGCAUCAUGCAGGGUAUAGACUGUGACAGA